GGCUUCUCCAAUCCAGCUUCUCUCCAAUCCAGCGCCUCUUUCCAAUCCAGCAGCGCCUCUUCUCCACCCAUUUCUCUUGUUGCAACAUCUCUUCUCCGCUCAUUCCUCUGCAUCUCUUGAGGGUGAGUGAAAGCCAUGGGUGAUGCAAGGGGGUCUUCUUCCUUCUCCAACUUAAAUUCUGGUAGUGUUGAUCAUGCUCUUUUGAAACCUGUUAAAAUCGAAAAGGGAAGGCGCGCUUGGUCUGUCCGGGAAGAAGAAAUAUUUCUAUCUUCGCUGAAGGAACUUGUCGCAAUUGGAUGGAAGACGGACAACGGAUUUAAAGGGGGGUAUGGAAAGAUGCUUGAGAUAGCCAUGCAGCGUGAGUUCCCAGGUACAGACAUCAGGGAAAAACCUCAUAUUAAUUCGAAGUUGACAACGUGGAAGAAAAACUACUCCUCAUUGGUAAAUAUGUUGAGCUUGAGCGGUGCUGGAUUUAACGCGAGAGGAGACUUUUUAAUAGACCUCAGCAAUGACCAGUGGGAACAUGUUAUGAAGGUUGAUACUAAUGAAAAGUCUAUGAGGAAUAAGACAUGGCCAUACUUCGACGAAUGGAAUAUAAUUUUUGGAAAAGACAGGGCCAAUGGAGAUAGUGCUGAGGGCCUAAAAAAAGCAGUGAAUGAGUUAGAUGCACAGGAGGCCAUGGGAAACACAAAUACUUCUGGAGAGCAUAGUAUCAACGUGGACAAGGAUGAUAUCACGGGGGAGGAGGAUGAUACUGUUUCAGUUUUCCAGGAGAAUGGAACAAAUGGUUUAAAGCGGAGUGAUCGGAAAAGAAAGGGAGAUGAUUCGACAAAUCCUACCUUUCAGCUGCUUAGUAAGAUGCACGCUGACACAACUGAAAGUUUGAAGAGUGUGUCAUCAAGGAUAGGGUACGAGAUUGACCUAAGCAACAAAUGAACAAAUAUUGUCAAGAUUUUGGGAGGCAUACCAGGUCUAGCCCAAAGAGAUAAAUUUGAGGCAAUUCGCAUCCUACUUGAGAAACAGGAGCAUCUUGAUGUUGUCAUUGCCUUGCCUGAAUCUGAACGCCUCGACUACAUUACCUACAUUCUCGAUGUUUUUCAGAAUAAAUGAACUUGAUUUGUAAUCAUUGCUUAAUAGGCAGACUUUAGCUUUGACUAUUGACUAAAUGAGCUUAGGUUGUGUACUGCAGAAAGUGUACCAAAGUGUUUCUCAGGAAAUUAAUGCCCAAG